CCAAAGUUCGCCGCGGAGUUGCUGGAUGCCAUAUCCGCGAAGCUUCUCGCCGAGAGGAAACAUUGCCCGGGUUGAUAUCUUCAACCACACUCAGAUCUGUCAAACUCAAACUCUCGCUGCGGAGACCGCUUUCCCCGCACGGAGCGGCUCGCUGAACGGAAUUUUCAUCUUGCAGUGGACGGACCCAACCAAGGACGAAGAGUUUCUGUCGUUUGAGGCAGUCGAUCCAGACGGCUUGUCAGGAUGAGAUGUGGAGGGCAAG